UUAGUACUUGGAUUUAUAAAACAGGGAUGUCUGUUUGUCAUUGUUAGUUGCGAUUUUCAAAAGUUGCUUACCUACCUACCUACUGCAUCGGAUCUGGCAACACAGAAAAUGUCUUUCUUUCAAAAGUCAUUCCUCAGGUAGAGGGGUCGUAACCAUGGGUCGUGUGAUUCGUGCGCAACGUAAAGGUGCCGGCUCGGUCUUCGUUUCACAUACUAAGAAAAGGAAAGGAGCACCUAAACUUCGCUCUUUAGAUUAUGCUGAGCGUCAUGGUUAUAUCAAGGGUGUGGUAAAGGACAUUAUUCAUGACCCAGGACGAGGUGCACCUCUGGCUGUGGUUCACUUCCGUGACCCAUACAAGUUUAAGACACGCAAGGAAUUAUUUAUUGCUCCUGAAGGUCUUUAUACUGGCCAGUUUGUGUAUUGCGGAAAGAAGGCUACCCUUGAAGUUGGAAAUGUGAUGCCUGUGGGAGCUAUGCCUGAGGGUACUAUUGUUUGCAACCUCGAAGAGAAAAUGGGUGACAGAGGCCGGCUAGCUCGUGCUUCUGGGAACUUUGCCACAAUCAUUGGGCACAAUCCAGAUGCUAAACGUACCAGAGUAAAGCUUCCAUCUGGUGCAAAGAAAGUUCUACCAUCUAGCAACAGAGGCAUGGUUGGUAUUGUCGCUGGAGGUGGACGUAUUGAUAAGCCCAUACUGAAGGCCGGACGCGCCUACCACAAAUACAAGGUGAAGCGUAACUGCUGGCCAUAUGUACGAGGUGUUACCAUGAAUCCUGUAGAGCAUCCUCAUGGUGGUGGUAACCAUCAACAUAUUGGUAAGGCUUCGACUGUCAAGAGAGGAACAUCAGCCGGUCGCAAGGUCGGUCUCAUUGCUGCGCGCAGAACUGGAAGAAUUCGCGGUGGCAAGACAGAUACAAAGAAGGAAGCGUAAUCGUAAAAUUACGUAUAAUAAAUAUUUUAAAUCCA